UUGAAGACGAGUGGCGGGAGCUGUUGUCAACCAGGGGAUGCUGUGAAGAAGUAGCAUUGAUAAGGAUUUAUAACUUUGUUAACGCACCAGCCAUCCACAGUCGUCCUGACAGGUUUCACACACACGUUCAAGGCAUGGAUUAUAAAAGACGCAAUGGUGGCCCCUUCGUGGGAGGUGCGUCCCAGGCCAAACGUGGUAAGACGGCUGGUGAAUGGGAGGACAGUCCAUCGCAGUUUGAAGAGGAAUUGUCCAUGUUUGAGGAGGCAGAGAUGGAGGCAGAAGAGACAGAGGGGCAGGCAGGGCAUGAUGUCAUUCCUGUCGGGGAGCUCUUCUCAGCAGACCUGAACCCUCGCUGGCGGCGACCUCAUGCCACCCCACUGGAACCCUCUUCUGAUACUUUGGUGUUUCAGCAAAUUGAUCUGGACUAUUAUCUAGGUGCUUCAGUAGCUGGCAUGCCUGGCCAGUCACAGGGAAAAGUCCCGAUCAUUCGGAUGUUUGGAGUCACAGAUAGUGGCCACAGUGUGUGCUGUCAUGUCCACGGUUUCGCACCUUACUUCUACGUUCCCGCACCAGUUGGAUUCAAACCUGAUUAUUUGGGUGAAUUUAAAAGAGAGUUGAACGCUGCUGUGCUGAAGGACAUGCGCUCCAACAAGGACAACAUCUCCAUCACUGUGUUAGCUGUGGAAAUCACCCGCAAAGAGAAUAUGUAUGGUUACCAUGGGAAACGUAUUAUGGAUUUCUUGCGGAUAACCAUGGCAAUGCCUCGUCUCAUUGCCCCCGCAAAGAGACUGCUGGAGCAGGGCUUCAAGUUUGGACCUUUCUCCCUCCAGGGUUACCAAUCCUACGAGGCCAACAUAGAUUUUGAAAUUAGGUUUAUGGUGGACUGUGAUGUGGUUGGAUGCUGCUGGAUUGAACUUCCUAAAGGCAAAUUCAGAGUACGUGAGGAGAAGAGCAUGGCAGAGACAGAUUCUCAGUACCCGGGCAAGGUGUCCUUGUGUCAGUAUGAGGUGGAUGUGGGAUGGACAGAUUUGAUAAGUCACCCAGCAGAGGGAGACUGGCAGAGAAUCGCACCGCUCAGGGUCCUCAGCUUUGACAUCGAGUGUGCAGGAAGAAAAGGAAUCUUCCCAGAAGCAGACAAAGACCCUGUGAUUCAGAUUGCAUCUAUGGUGCAACGUCAGGGUGAGACCGAGCCCUUCAUUCGCACAGUGUUCACUCUCCAGUCCUGCGCCAGCAUCGUGGGCAGUCAGAUAUUGUGCUUCACACAAGAGAAGCAGCUAUUGCAGAGCUGGGCAGAGUUUUUGAGGACAGUGGACCCAGAUAUCAUCACUGGAUACAACAUCCAAAACUUUGACUUUCCCUACUUGCUAAACAGGGCUGCUACUUUAAAGGUGAAUCUGUUUCCUUACUUGGGACGAGUUCGAGGCAUCAAGUCAGUCUUGCGAGACCUAAACUUCCAGAGCAAGCAGAUGGGCCGCAGAGAGAAUAAGACAAUUAACAUGGAGGGCCGUGUUCAGUUUGAUCUGCUACAGGUUCUCCUCAGAGACUACAAACUGCGUUCAUACACACUGAACGCUGUGAGUUUCCACUUCCUACAAGAACAGAAGGAGGAUGUGCAACACUCCAUCAUCACUGAUCUACAGAAUGGCAACGAACAGACGCGCCGUCGUUUAGCGGUGUACUGCCUGAAAGACGCCUACCUCCCGCUGCGUCUGCUGCAGAAGCUGAUGUGUGUGAUCAACUACAUGGAGAUGGCCAGAGUGACUGGUGUGCCUUUAACUUACCUGCUCUCAAGAGGACAACAGAUCAAAGUUGUCUCUCAGCUGCUGCGACAGGCCAUGAAACAGGACCUGGUCAUGCCUGUUGUGAAGCCAGAAGGAGGAGAAGAUUACACUGGAGCAACUGUCAUAGAGCCAGAGAAAGGGUAUUACAGCCUUCCCAUUGCCACCCUAGAUUUCUCCUCCUUGUAUCCAUCCAUCAUGCAGGCUCAUAAUCUGUGCUACACCACCCUACUGCAGAAAGGCUCAGUGGAGAAACUGGGUCUAUCACCAGAUGAUUUCAUCAAGACGCCCACUGGUGAUCAGUUUGUGAAAAGCUCUGUGAGGAAAGGACUUCUACCUGAGAUCCUGGAGAACCUGCUGUCUGCUAGAAAGAGGGCCAAGACUGAGCUAAAGAAGGAAACCGACCCUUUUAAGAAGCAGGUGCUGGAUGGCCGGCAACUGGCCCUUAAAAUCAGCGCAAACUCUGUCUAUGGCUUCACGGGGGCCCAGGUGGGCAAGCUGCCCUGCUUAGAGAUCUCGCAGAGUGUCACUGGUUUUGGAAGACAGAUGAUCGAGCAAACCAAACAGUUGGUGGAGUCCAAGUACAUAAUUUCCAAUGGUUACCAAGCUGAUGCUAAGGUAAUUUAUGGAGACACAGACUCUGUCAUGGUUAAGCUUGGUGUCGCCACAGUGAGGGAGGCCAUGGAUAUUGGAAAGGAGGCAGCAGAGUGGGUGUCGUCCCAUUUCACACCACCCAUCAAGCUGGAGUUUGAGAAGGUGUACUACCCGUACCUGCUGAUCAACAAGAAGCGCUACGCAGGCCUGUAUUUCUCUGCCAGUGCAGACACACAUGACAAGAUGGACUGUAAAGGCAUUGAGACUGUCCGAAGAGACAACUGCCCUCUGGUGGCUAACCUCAUUAACACCUGUCUACAGAGAAUCCUCAUAGACAGGGAUCCUCAGGGUGCUGUGGAUCAUGCCAAAGAAGUGAUCUCCGACCUGCUGUGCAACCGUAUUGACAUCAGCCAGCUGGUCAUCACCAAGGAGCUGACGCGCACCGCUCAGGAGUACGCUGGCAAACAGGCGCACGUGGAGCUUGCCGAAAGGAUGAGGAAAAGAGAUGCAGGCAGCGCCCCCAACCUGGGAGACAGAGUCCCAUAUGUCAUCAUCAAGGCUGCAAAGGGAGCAGCAGCAUACAUGAAGUCAGAGGACCCGAUCUAUGUGCUAGAGAACACAAUUCCCAUCGACACACAAUACUACCUCGAACAGCAGCUGUCCAAGCCUCUGCUGAGAAUAUUUGAGCCCAUCCUGGGAGAGAGCAAGGCAGAGAGCAUCCUGCUCAAGGGCGACCACACCCGUUGUAAGACGGUGUUGACAUCGAAGGUCGGAGGCCUCAUGGCGUUUGCUCAGAAGAGGAGCACCUGUAUUGGCUGCAAAGCUGUACUCAAAACAGAUGCGGCUGUGUGCGAUUUCUGUAAGAAGAAGGAGUCUGAACUGUAUCAAAAAGAGAUCUUUCAUCUAAAUACUCUGGAGGAGCGUUUCUCUCGCCUGUGGACUCAGUGUCAGCGUUGUCAGGGUUCCCUCCAUGAGGAUGUACUCUGUACCAGCCGAGACUGUCCCAUAUUCUACAUGAGGAAGAAGGUUCAGAAAGAUCUGGAUGAUCAGAGCAAGCUGGUAUCUCGUUUUGGAUGGUGAAAGAGGCGCCAACAUUCAUUCCCAAUUUGCCUCAUUUUUUCCAACCACUGUGUCUAUGGUGAUAUGCUAAAUGCAUAUAUUACUAUUUCUAUGUUUUCUAUUAUGAAAGUUUUAUAAAGUAGUGUCUUUUUGUAAAAUAAAGUGAUAA